GCGGCGGCAGAGGGAGUGCAGAGUCGGCGUUGUCCAGUGAGCUUUUUUUUCCAAGGCUGUACAGACACGGCAGCGGCUUUUCGGAAGGCCGCUAAGUCCCGGCAGCGGGAACACCGAGAGUGAAGCCAGCCUGGCUUUCGAAAACAUCUGGGCCUCCUAGAGAAAAAGAAAGAUUACAAACUUCAUGCAGAUGACUACCGUAAAAAAACAAGAAUACCUCAGAGCUCUCCGGAAGAAGGCUCUUGAAAAAAAUCCAGAUGAAUUCUACUACAAAAUGACUCGGGUUAAACGCCAGGAUGGAGUACAUGGUAUUAAGCAGACUAAGGAAGAAGUAACGCCAGAACAACUAAAGCCGAUGAGAACUCAGGAUGUCAAAUAUAUAGAAAUGAAAAGGGUUGCAGAAGCUAAGAAAAUGGAAAGACUAAAAUCAGAGCUCCAUCUGCUGCAUUUCCAGGGGAAGCAACGGAGCAAGCAUGUGUUCUUUUUUGACACCAAAAAGGACGUGGAACAGUUUGAUGUUGCAACUCACCUGCAAACAGCCCUGGAACUAGUCCACAGAGUCUUUAACAGGCCCAGGAUAGAGACCUUGCAGAAGGAAAAAGCGAAAGGAGUUACCCAUCAGACUGGACUUAAGCGAAUAGCUAAAGAAAGGCAAAAGCAAUAUAACUGCCUGACACAGCAGAUUGAACGAGAGAAGAAAUUGUUCGUUAUUGCUCAGAAAAUUCAAACACGCAAAGAUCUUCUGGAUAAAACUCAGAAAGUGAAGGUGAAGAAAGAAACAGUGAACUCCCCAGCUAUUUAUAAAUUUCAGAGCCGUCGAAAACGUUGACAUGUUAUAGAUAAGCCUUGUCAUUCUGCAUCAAAAAUCUAUUGUCUUUUUCUAGUAACUUCAAAUUCCAUUAGCCCAAAUGGCAUGGUUUUCCGGUUUGUAACCAUAACUAAAUUGUCAGUCUGGCAUUAACGUCUUUCUAUGGACAACAUUAAAUCUCCACCCCUUCUGUAAUU